AUGUCCAGUGGGGGCAGGUUUAAUUUUGACGACGGAGGGUCCUACUGUGGAGGCUGGGAGGACGGCAAGGCGCACGGCCAUGGCGUCUGCACCGGCCCCAAGGGCCAAGGCGAAUACACCGGCUCGUGGAGCCACGGCUUCGAGGUGCUGGGCGUCUACACCUGGCCCAGCGGCAACACGUACCAGGGCACCUGGGCGCAGGGCAAGCGCCACGGCAUCGGCUUGGAGAGCAAGGGGAAGUGGGUGUACAAGGGCGAGUGGACGCACGGAUUUAAGGGGCGCUACGGGGUGCGGGAGUGCACGGGCAACGGGGCCAAGUACGAAGGGACCUGGAGCAACGGGCUGCAGGACGGAUAUGGGACCGAGACCUACUCUGAUGGAGGGACGUACCAGGGCCAGUGGGUCGGCGGCAUGCGGCAGGGCUACGGUGUGCGGCAGAGCGUCCCCUACGGCAUGGCCGCGGUCAUCCGCUCGCCCCUGAGGACGUCCAUCAACUCUCUGCGCAGCGAGCACACCAACGGCACGGCACUGCACCCCGAUGCGUCCCCGGCGGUGGCCGGCAGCCCGGCCGUGUCCCGGGGGGGCUUCGUGCUCGUGGCCCACAGCGACUCAGAGGUCCUCAAGAGCAAGAAGAAGGGGCUGUUCCGGCGCUCGCUGCUCAGCGGACUGAAGCUGCGCAAGUCGGAGUCCAAGAGCAGCCUGGCCAGCCAGCGCAGCAAGCAGAGCUCCUUCCGCAGCGAGGCCGGCAUGAGCACCGUCAGCUCCACCGCCAGCGACAUCCACUCCACCAUCAGCCUGGGCGAGGCCGAGGCCGACCUGGCGGUCAUCGAGGACGACAUCGACGCCACCACCACCGAGACCUACGUCGGCGAGUGGAAGAAUGACAAGCGCUCAGGCUUCGGGGUGAGCCAGCGCUCGGACGGGCUCAGGUACGAGGGCGAGUGGGCCGGCAACCGGCGGCACGGCUACGGCUGCCUCACCUUCCCCGACGGUACCAAGGAGGAGGGCAAGUACAAGCAGAACAUCCUCGUGAGCGGAAAGCGGAAGAACCUCAUCCCCCUGCGGGCCAGCAAGAUCCGCGAGAAGGUGGACCGGGCCGUGGAGGCCGCAGAGCGGGCCGCCACCAUCGCCAAGCAGAAGGCCGAGAUCGCGGCUUCCAGGACCUCCCACUCGCGGGCCAAGGCCGAGGCAGCCCUCACGGCAGCUCAGAAAGCCCAGGAGGAAGCUCGGAUCGCCAGGAUCACUGCCAAAGAGUUCUCACCUUCCUUCCAGCACCGGGAAAAUGGGCUGGAGUACCAGAGACCGCAGCAUCAGCUUUCCUGUGAGGACAUUGAGGUGCUCUCCACGGGGACACCCCUGCAGCAGGAGAGCCCCGAGCUGUACCGCAAAGGCACCACCCCUUCUGACCUGACCCCUGACGACAGCCCUCUGCAGAGCUUCCCCGCCAGCCCCACAGCCACCCCUCCACCAGCCCCUGCCUCGAGGAACAAGGUGGCCCACUUCUCCCGGCAGGUGUCUGUGGAUGAGGAGCGAGGCGGGGACAUCCAGGUGCUCCGGGAGGGCCGGGGCGGGGACCACGCCCACAGCAGCUGGAGUGAGGCGCGGCCCGCGGGUGCCAGAGGUGUCCGCAGCGGUGCCCUGCGCAGCGGCCAGCCCGCAGAUGACUUCCGCUGCCGCGGCUCGGGGCACAAGCAGCCCGGGAACCCCAAGCCCCGGGAGCGGCGGACGGAGUCCUCGCCCCUAUUCUCCUGGACUUCCCAGCACCGGGCCGGCAGCCACAGCCCCGGGAGCGCCAAGCUGCUAGAGCUGGAGGAGGAGAGGCGUAGCAACUACACGGCGGAGAUGCAGCCGCUGCGCCGGAUGGAUGCGCACGCGCAGGACGCGCACCCCCAGAAAAGACGCUACAGCAAGGGGGGCACCGGCCGCGGUGCAGGGGAGGACCACCGCGCCGAGGACCGGGGCUUCGGGGUGCAGAGACUGAGGUCCAAGGCCCAGAACAAGGAGAACUUCAGGCCAGCGUCCUGCGCGGAGCCCACGGUACAGAAACUGGACAGCCUGCGGCUGGGUGGCAGGGCUGAGCCCCGGCUGCUGCGCUGGGACCUGACCUUCUCCCCGCCCCGCAAGUCCCUACCUGUCGCCCUGGAGUCGGAUGAGGAAAACGGGGACGAGCUCAAGGCCAGUACGGGCUCGGCACCCAUCCUGGUCGUCAUGGUGAUCCUGCUGAACAUCGGAGUUGCCAUUCUGUUUAUUAACUUUUUCAUCUGA